CCCCCUUCAGGUCCGAUCCCAGUCCCUCGUCUCGCGUAGACUUAUCAACAGCGUCUGGGAUAUCAAGCUCCGGACUUUUCGUACAGCGUUUGGUGAUCCGUGACUCCGUGGUUCGAGGUUCAAGGUGCUACGUGCAGGUGCAUAUAUUUUUGUAGGUUCUGGUGCAGGUGUCGAAGACCAUGGCCAAUCGCUCCAGCCAGCGGGACCGCGAGUUCAACCGUGACAAUACUAACAGUAACAAUCGUGACAAUCGGGACUUUAAUCGAGAUGGUGGAGGCAAUCGAGACAAUCGGGAUAAUCGAGACAAUCGCGACAAUCGAGAGAGUCGCGGCAAUUUUCGCGACUUUCGCAAUCGGGACAGGGACAGAGAUCGGCAGCGACAGGUGCCCACGGAACCACCCUUCAUCGCCUAUGUGGGCAACCUCCCCAAGGGUCUCGUCCAGGGCGAUGUGAUGAAGAUCUUCUCGGACUUCGAGGUGAAGAAUGUGCGGCUGAUCAAGGAUCGUGAGACGGACGAGUUCAAGGGCUAUGGCUACGUGGAGUUCGAGACCUUGGCCCAGUUGAAGAGGGCCCUCUCCUGCAACGGACGCAUCAAGUUGGACAACUUUUCGGCCCCCUUGCGCAUCGAUAUAGCCGAUCAUCGUCGCCAGGCCCCGGGCUCCAGCAUGGGCGGUGCAGGAGGACCCAGUGGAUCCCAAAGUGUGGGAGGUCAUGAGAGAGGUGGUGGCGGGGGCGGUCCCGGUGGCUCUGGGAAUGGAAAUGGUAAUGGAAAUCCCUACUACCAAAGACGAAACUAUCGGCGGGACGACAGCGUGGGCUCCCACCAAUUUCGGCGGCGGGACACACGGAGCAGCAGCAACCACCAAAUGUCCAACAGCAGCCCCACCCAGAGCACCAUGUCCAUAAACUACAAUCGCACCAAUCGCGGUGGCUACAACAACCGUGGUGGUGCAGGUGAUCGCGGUGGUGGCAAUGGUAGUGGUAAUGGCAACGGGAAUGGGCAUGGAAAUGGCAAUCGCUACCAGGGAGGAGCUCCACGACCCAAUUACGAUGACCGCGACGGCCAGCAGUCGCCCACCAAUGGGGGAUUCCACAACCGCAACUUUAACUUUAAUCGUUCCUUCAACAGUGGCAUAGGCGAAGGAGGCGGUGGUGGUAAUGGUGGAGGUGGUGGCAUAGGAAGGAUUGGCAAUCCCCCAAGGAGCUUCAACGGAAACGGAGGCGGUGGCGGAGGUGUUGGUAUAGUUGGCUUCGCAAGUGGAAUUCCCAAUGGAAACGGAAACUACAACAAUUUUGUGCAAAAUCGCAACCGCGAUCGCCGUGGUCACUACAAUCCCAAUAGCCACAACGGGAGUGGUGGCAACUUUGGCAGGGACAACAAGGAUCCUGGACCUCCAGAACCAGGAUCUUCGGCUACUGGUCCGUCCUCGAGCAAUCCGUUCGGGGCCCUCGACGAUGAUGACAGACCCAAGUUGGUGCUAAAGCCGAGGACGGUGACCGCGCCCAUAAACUCUCUGGCCGAGACCAAACAGGCUGCCCUGAUCUUCGGAAAGGCCAAGCCCCGAGAUGAUAAUGCCACGCCCGUCUCCUCGCCACGCGAUGACGCCGAGGUGAAUGCCCUGUCCAAUGUCUUGGGCUCCUCAGCUCCUUUGGGAGGUCCUGGCCCCGAUGAUCCCAAUCCUGGUGCGGGCGGCGACUAAAUUGCACAGUCCACGUUCAAACUUUACCAUUCUGAUGACAGUCGCGGCGACUUGGCGUCAGAAUGGAGAGUUCUUUCAAUAAACUUUCCACAGGCACUUUAUAUUUUUAUUAAAUUUGUAUCCCGUGAUGUUUGGUCAAAUCGUUUGCCUUCUAAAUUAGGACUGUAUCGCACAUAGUUCAAAUUCUACUCAAAAUUGAUCUUAUUGUACAAGUUGAUCUUCAAUUAGGCAUACCAAUAAAUUAUGGUUUAAAAAACGUGAGGUACUCUAAACGUUA